GGCGGGGAGCCGCCCUGCGGGCCAGUUCCUGCCUCCUUUCCUGCCCUCGGCUUCGGCCCGCCUGCCCUCCUGGGAGGGGGGAGCCCGCCCUGGGACUCGGGGCUGGCGGAGAGUCCAUCACUUCGAGGAGAGCUGUUGGAGGUGGCGGGCCGGCCCGGGGCAGCCCGGGGUUCACAUCAGAGGCAGCUCCCACUUCCUCAUUUCUGCAGCUUCUGGACUCCUCACCCCAAACAAAACCCGUCCCAACAGGUUCAGCCCCUUUGCAACUUCGGUGCACUCUGGGUUUCCAUCCAGACCUCAGAAGGGCCGGCGCGAGCACAGCCCCCCGCCCCCGUGGCCGGCCGGCCCUCCGCGGUCCGCUCUGCUGGUUCCGGAGGGAGCCGGGCGAGGAGCCCCACCAUGACCCAGCUGCAGUUCAAAGAUGCUUUUUGGUGUAAAGAGUUCACAGCUCAUACGGGCUAUGAGACCCUUCUGCAGCGGCUGCUGGAUGGCAGGAAGAUGUGCAAGGAUGUGGAGGACCUGCUGAAGCAAAGGGCUCAAGCGGAAGAAAGAUACGGGAAAGAGCUGGUCCAGAUUGCCCGGAAAGCAGGAGGCCAGAGUGAGAUCAACACGCUGAAGGCCUCCUUCGAAAUCCUGAAACAGCAAAUUGAGAAUGUGGGAAACUCUCACAUCCAGAUGGCGGUCAUGCUGAAGGAUGAGCUCAAGAGCAUCGAAGAGUUUCGAGAAAGGCAAAAAGAGCAGAGGAAAAAGUACGAGAUGGCCAUGGACCGCGUUCAAAAGAGCAAGCUGUCCCUCUACAAGAAGACAAUGGAGUCCAAGAAGACCUAUGAGCAGAAGUGCAGGGACGCGGACGACGCGGAGCAGGCCUUGGAGCGCAUCAGCGCUCAGGGAAACCCGAAACAGGUGGAAAAGAGUCAGAACAAAGCGAAGCAAUGUAAGGAUGCAGCCAGUGAAGCAGAGCGGACAUACAAACAAAAUGUGAACCAGCUGGAGAAGGCCAGGUGUGACUGGGAGCAGGAGCACCAGCACACCUGUGAGGCCUUUCAACUCCAGGAGUUUGACCGGCUCACCAUCCUGCGGAACUCGCUCUGGGUCCACUGUAAUCAGCUUUCUAUGCAGUGUGUCAAGGAUGAUGAGUACUAUGAAGAGGUCCGGAUAAGUCUAGAGGGCUGCAGUAUAGAGGCAGACAUCGACUUCUUCAUCCAGAACAAAAUGACGGGAACAGAACGGCCAGAGCCCAUUCUCUACGAGAACUACAACGAUCGGAACCCCAAUGGAGGCUCGCACAGUCCCAGCCUUUACCCUGCUUGCGGCAUGAUUAAGAGGUUCUCAGGCCUGUUACACGGGAGCCCCAAGAACAACACCGAGAACGUGGUCCCCUCCGCCCCUCCCCCAGGUCUCAUCUCGGGCCCCCUGCAGACCAACGACAUCGUCUACGCGGACAUCCUGCAGACCAGAUCAGUCCCCGAGGCCUCGGCCCAUGACUACAGAGCGCUCUAUGACUACACGGCCCAGAACGAGGAUGAGCUGGACCUCACUGCCGGGGACAUCCUGACCGUCGUCCUGCAGGGGGAGGACGGCUGGUGGACGGUGGAGAGGAACGGCCAGAAAGGCUUCGUGCCGGGCUCCUACCUGGAGAAGCUCUGAGGGAGCGCCCCUCCCCCAGUCCCCAGUCUGGAAACGCAGCCUCCCCCAUCCCCCCCCACCUCCCUGCGGGCCGCCCCCAUCCCCAGGCUGAGCUUCCGGGCCCCGGGGAGGAGGGAAAGCCUCGUGGGACGGAUGGGCAGCCAUGGGACUCGGGAGCCGCCUAGGGCCCCAAUGCCCGCCAGCCUCCCUGGCGCUAUCCUGUCAUGGAAUUGGAGAGUUAGACUAGAUUUCUAAGGUUCUUCCCAGCUCUUUCUGUUCUAGGGUCCCUUCCACCUCCAAUAUUCUCUGUUCUAGGGUCCCUUCCACCUCCAAUAUUCUUUGUUCUAAGGUCCCUUCCACCUCCAAUAUUCUCUGUUCCAGGGUCCCUUCCACCUCCGACAUUCUCUGUACUAAGGUCCCUUCCACCUCCGAUAUUCUCUGUACUAAGGUCCCUUCCACCUCCAAUAUUCUUUGUUCUAAGGUCCCUUCCACCUCCAACAUUCUCUGUACUAAGGUCCCUUCCAUCUCCAACAUUCUCUGUUCUAAGGUCCCUUCCACCUCCGAUAUUCUCUGUUCCAGGGUCCCUUCCACCUCUGACAUUCUCUGUUCUAGGGUCCCUUCCACCUCCAACAUUCUCUGUACUAAGGUCCCUUCCAUCUCCAACAUUCUCUGUUCUAAGGUCCCUUCCACCUCCGAUAUUCUCUGUUCUAGGAUCCCUUCCACCUCCGAUAUUCUCUGUACUAAGGUCCCUUCCACCUCCAACAUUCUCUGUACUAAGGUCCCUUCCACCUCCAACAUUCUCUGUACUAAGGUCCCUUCCACCUCCGAUAUUCUCUGUUCUAGGGUCCCUUCCACCUCCGAUAUUCUCUGUUCUAGGAUCCCUUCCACCUCCGAUAUUCUCUGUACUAAGGUCCCUUCCACCUCCAAUAUUCUUUGUUCUAAGGUCCCUUCCACCUCCAACAUUCUCUGUACUAAGGUCCCUUCCACCUCCAACAUUCUCUGUACUAAGGUCCCUUCCACCUCCAAUAUUCUCUGUUCUAGGAUCCCUUCCACCUCCGAUAUUCUCUGUUCUAGGGUCCCUUCCACCUCCGAUAUUCUCUGUUCUAGGGUCCCUUCCACCUCUGACAUUUACUACACAAACACACACAUUCCUGGAGGAGAUGGAAUGUUGGCUGAUCCUCGAAAUAUCUGGGGGGGAAAUGGGGGCAGAUGAUUCAGACUAGCAGGAGAGAGACAGUAUUGUAAGCAAAGGCAUAAAGGAAGCAGGAAGAGAGGGUGAGAAUAGGGGUCUGGGGCUAAGCAGGGGGAAAGAAGCCAGACUAAACUGGAGGGAGGUGAGGGAAGGGAGGUGAAGGGAGGGGGUUGGACCUACAGCAUGGGAGCCCUACUCCCUUCAGGCUCAUUAGCCUUAAAAGAGAUAGCUACCCACCUGUAUUACUUCUAGGGCGCUUUUUGGCCAUCCACGGUCCCUCCUAAGGAGUCAGUUUCUUCUCCUGUAAUACUGCCUGUUACCCACCUCAUAGUUGAUGAGAAAGCAGCUGCUAAUGUGCUCGGCAAACUUUAAAGCUCCCUCUCAAAAGUGCUCUUACUGUCGCUGCUAUUGUUACCUCGGGGCAGCCUCCUCACUCAUGUCAGAGAUGGGAUUUAAACUCAGGUGGUCUUCCUCACCACCACCACCCCCCGGCCUCCAAAGGAGGCUCUCUCAAGCCUCAGCAGCAGCAAAUAUUGUGACAGAGACAGAGAGGAGAGAGACCGAGAGAGAAGGAGAGAAAGAGGUAGAGAGAGACAGAGAAAGAGAGAGGGGAGAGAAAGAGAGAGAGAGAGGAGAGAAAGAGAGGCAGACGGAGGAGAGAGAUCGAGAGAAAGAGAGGGGAGAGAAAGAGAGAAACACAGAGGGGGGUAGAGAAAGAGAAAGAGGGAAAGGGGGGGUGGAUGGAUGAUACAUACAUAGGUAGGUAGAUAGAUAUACACACACAGGGUGAAUGGGAGUUAAUCUCAGGGGACGUUGAGGGAGGGAAGAAAGGAGUGAUCAGAAAGUAGAACAGGUGCUCCAGAGGUCAAGCAGAGAAUGGACAACUAUCCAUCCAUGAUGCUAUAGCGGGUUUUGCUGCUUGGGGAUUGGUGGAGGUAGUGGAUGACCUUUAGGACUAGGGCUGUGCCAUCAGCCCCCUUUCCCCUCCCUCCCUCCCCCCCACCCCCCAUGGCCCAGCCUUCGGGGUGAUUAGAGCCCAGAGGACCUGGGUUAAAAUCCUUCUCUGACACUGAUUAGCUGUCCCUGAUCUAUCUUCAGUUCCCUCGUCUGCUAAAAGCACCAUUACAGGACCCACUUCCCAGGGUUGUGAGGCUCAGAACCAGUUCUUCUCUGUGAUGAGCUUGGCAAACCUCCAAGAUCUGUGGGAUGUCGGCUGUCCUGGUCAGUCUCCUGGGACAAUGGGGCCGUGUGGGAUCCCCCUUCAGUCACUUCCCCGCCCCAGGCCCAGGUACAGGAGUCUCUAAGGUUCUGUACCAGUCCUACAGGUCCGUAUUCCUCAACAAGCCCGCCAGUGGGAGGGUGAGCCGUGGCCCUCUCCCAUCAUCCCGAUUGUGUUCUUAAUAAAGUAUAUGGUACUCAG